AUGGCGCGUGCCAAUCGCGCAUCGCCGCCUCCUUCCGCCAUCCUGCGCUCGUCGGCGCGCCGCGUGCGCCUGAUAUUGCUCGUCGCCCUCCUCGCCUCCUCCGCAGCUUCCGCGUCGCAUCCAUCCGACGGCAGCGAUGCCAAUGACGCCUCGCGCUCGAGCAUUGCCGCCGCCGCCGCCGCAGCAGCCGCCGCGGAUGGCAGCAUGGCGGACGCGGGAAUGGGAUUAGGGAUAGCGGAUCGGUUUGUGUCUACUGAGGAUCUCCCGGCGGCGAAUGCGGCGACAGAUGCGGCGACCAAUGCGGCGAGAGAUGCGGCGACUGACGCGGCGGGGCAGGCGAAGUUUGAUCCGAAACUGGCGGGAGUCGAGGAGGAGGAGCGAUUGGUGGACGAGCUGCUGACGUGGCUGGAGGAGAGAGGCGUGACUGGGAUCCGAGGGGAGGAGGCUGCUGUGGAGGUAUUUAUAAACGCCAACACCACUCUCAAGGCGUCCGGCAGGUCAAGGGCGAAUCUGGGCAUGGUGGCGCGGCGCCCCAUCGCGGAGGGCGAGGUGUUUCUGUCGCUGCCUCGCUCGCUCGCCAUCUCGGCCCUUCAAGCGCAGGAGGAGGCAAAGCCGUACGAGGGGGAGGUGCAUCCAUUCACGGCGCUGGCGGCGUGGGUGCUGAGGGAGCGGGGCAAGGGGCGCGCGUCCGUGUGGGCGCCCUUGGUGCGCCUGCUGCCCGCCCACCUGCCCUUCCCCCACCUCUUCCGCGAUGAGCUGGUGCCCGAGCUGCAGUAUGACGUCAUGCUGGCUGAGGUCACGGAGCACAAGAAGGCGCUCCUGCAAGAGUACAACAAGUGCCGCCCAGAGGCCAUCGCCAACGCCACCCAGGAGGAAUUCUUCUGGGCGGCAGGGAUCGUCACUUCCCGCAUGUUUGCGUUGAGGCCUGCUGAAGCAGCAGAGCGAGAGGACAAGGGGAAGGAGGGGGAGGGGCAGGGCGAGGAGGAGCGGCAGGAGGCGGACAUAUCGCUGAUGCCGUAUGGGGACCUCUUUGACACUGAUGACGUGCCCAUCGCCAUCUGGCAGGACACGGGCAGCAGCAUACAGUUCACAGCGUUAACGGACAUACCAGCGGGGCAGCACGUAGCGGUGCACUACGGGGAGCUGAGCAACGACGAGGCGCUGGUGAUGCGCGGCAUGGUGCUGGGCGGCAACUACCGCGACCACGUGCACCUCUUCUCCUCGCCGCAGGACGCCCUUCGCUUCCACGUCGACAAGUUCCUGCGCGGCUAUGGCCACACGCUGGAGCGGGUGAGUAGACGGCGGUGGGGGGAAGGGGGCUGCUGCUUGUGUGGGUUGUUGCAUGUGUGGAGGUGGGCGCGUGGUGCUGCUGUGAGGGCAGAAAGACUCACUCGUGGAAGAUGGAUGGUGCUGCCAGCUGUGACUCGUGUGCACUCAUUGCAUCCACUGCACCAGCUGCACCCCUGCCUUGAGAGGUCUGCCAAGGCGGACCGGCUUGACCUUCUUUCCAUGCUGCUCUCCUGA